CCACUUAAAGGAUCCAUGAGUAAGUUUCUCAUUUGUUCUCAUGUGUUACGUCUUGUCCAUGAGGUUAGAGGUCGGCGUUACAGACGACAUAAAAGUAUCCUGAAUCACAAUGGAAUUUGCUAGUGACUUUGUCUAUGUGCCGCCAAUGCCGAUUCCGAAGGACAGCCAACGACCCAACGCUAACAUCAUCAAACGUUCAGCUCUUCUACCGCCCAUCAACUGGGUCCGUCCUCAGAGUCCUCCCCCUCCUCCGCCUGUAAAUGCCGCCGAGGUCAAGGUGGCCGAGCUGCUCCCGUCGCCCAACAGAAUCACGGAACAGAAGAAGGCCGGGAAGUCCUUUUUCUACGACAAUGUUCAGUGUGAGGACAAGCGUCUUAUCAGUGUGUCACCCCAACAGACAACAGCCCCCCCAAAGACAGCUUUGCUUCCACCCCACUUGAGAUCUCCAUCAACUUCCCCGCCUCCGUCCAGAGUUUUCUACGACAACGUGGGGUCAAGUUCCUGGGAGGCAGAAAACACACACAGCACCCCAGAAGCCAACGCGACAACAUCCUCGCCCCCGCCACUUCCUCCACGGCCGAGCUUCAUGAGGUACAUACCAGAGUACGUGUUGGUCUUACCAGCAUCCACCGCCUCUGAGAAAGAACUUCAACCCCCACCUCUUGUCACGCCACCUCCAGCAUCUGCAGACGACAAAGGACCUCUACUGGGGAAUCCCAACGUGGUCCUUGUUAGUUUGGGAAAGUUUCUCUCAGAGGAAGUGCAGCACACACCAGGAAAACCCGCCUCCUGCUGCCAGUGUGGUGCCGUGCUGGACUCCAGGUCUGACACCCCAGCAGAGGUUAAUGGCUGUUACUUCUGCCAAGCGUCUGAGCUGAGCAGCACCUCCAGAAGCCAACAAAGCAUCGACGCUACCGGUUUGCGGCACGGCCUCUUUGUGCUGAUCCCGGAUUCAAAACUCCUGAGCGCCUCGCAGCCUCUGCUCAUCUUCUGCAUCGACAUCUCGGCCUCCAUGAGCAUCACCUCUCAGGUGUUCCCGGGGGAGCACAGAUCCCGCCUGGAGUUUGUCCAGGAGGCUGUCCUACUGUGCGUCCAGAAGCUGUGUGAAGAACAACCUCAGACACCUGUAGGGCUCAUCUCUUUCAACUAUCAGGUGGAAGUGCAUGGGUAUGGAGAUUUCCGAUCCCGCAUCCUAAGUGGUGAAGAGUUAGUGGACCAUAACUACCUGAAAGUCGCCGCCACCGCUUUCCCCACUCCACCUCCGCUGUCACAGACCCAGGACUUCUUGCAGAAACAAGUCACAGCACUCGCUGCAGUCGGGACCACCGCGCUUGGCCCGGCGGCUCUUUUGGCCAUCACGAUGGCCUCCAGGCAUCCAGGCUCCAAGGUGAUCAUCUGUACUGAUGGGAAAGCCAACACCAUGUUAGGCAACCUGGAAGUGGAGGACAACGAUGCGCGUACUCUUCUGUCAUCCACCAUCUUCUACCAAGAUCUGGGGGAAUUUGCUGCCAAUCAAGGUGUGACGGUGUCGGUGCUUUCUAUCGAAGGAACUGACUGCCGACUGGAUGAGCUGGGAAGACUUGCUGAUCGCACAGGAGGGAAAGUGUUGACUGCAAGUCCCAAUAUGCUGCAUUCCCAGUUUGAGCAGAUCAUUGAGAACUGCACGAUAGCCACACACUGCACUGUCACGCUGCUGCUGCCCAAAUCGCUGCGUGUGAAAGGGGAAAAAGAGGCCGGACACAAAGCGGCCAGAAAGGUGGGAAACGUGCACUUGGAUACAGAGAUCACCUUCCAGUUUGUUACCAAUGAGGAAGACGCAUCAGCGCCACCUUCAGGCGGUCGCGUGUCCAUCCAGCUGCAGCUCAGAUACAUUCAGAGGGACGGACAGAGCAUGCUCAGAGUCUUUACCAUGGACCGUGAUGUUACCAAUGAAAGCAUGCCGGUGCUGUCCUCAUUGUCCCUGCCCAUCAUUCAGCUCAACUCCUCGCAGGCCAGCGCCGCCCUGGCCGUCAGAGGCCGCUUCGUGGACGCCAGGCGGGAAAGCGAACAGCAGAUGAAGCUCAUCGAGAGAGCGAUAGAGCACAACCGCAGUUCGGAGGACAGAAAGACGUACCAAGAAUGGGUCAACACCAUGGAGCCGAUAUACAACAACAUCCACAACUUCACCAGGGCUAGAUCCGUCAUAUCCGACUCUCAGUCUCUGACAGACGCGGGUGCAGUGCUGCUGUACACCAUGAAGCACAGCAACAGGAAGACCAUCAUGAUCAAGAACAAACAGGACCUGGAGCCAACAUACAGCAUUCACUUUUCCCCUAACUGGCAGCAAUCCAAAUACUGAAAGACAUACACACACACACACACACACACACACACACACACUCACAGCUGAAAGGUCCUGUUGCAUUCUGCUUGGUCUCUGUAGGAAUUGCUGAGCAGGGGCUUCAUGUAAAGAGUGUUUCUUACUAAAAAUGAACACAUGAUCAAAUCCAGAAAAAGGAUACAAAUUCAGACGUAUUCAAGUGUUCGCACGCACAAAUCCAAGCACAUUUCUUUGUUGCAUCGCAAUCAACUUGAAGUCGACCGCAGACAUGUGCGUGGCUCGGCGUGCCAAGACCACGCAAGGAAAAUAACGGCAGAAAAUGGAUUGGUUUGAAACACCAGCAUAAUAUCACAAAGGAUAUGAAAGACUUUGACUAUUGUUCGAUUACUCAAUUUAUGAACAAAAUACAGGAGCACUUAUUGCGGUGGCAGCUGUGUACGCGACCACCUACUGAUGCUGGACAGGAUGAUCACAGGGUCCCGUUUUGACGCCAAUAGAAGGAGAAAUGAUUGGCAAGAUUAAUUGAUAUAUGUCCUCACAAAUAUUUAUAUGAAUAUGAAGCAUUAAAUGCUUUGCCGAAAAAGUUAAUUUUGCGUCCUUGCCUUUUUGACGUCAUUGAAAUCAAAUGUUGCCACGCCUGAAUGUUGGGGUGGGGGUGUUUAGUCACUUUCCCCCCAGUCUCCAGAAACUAGCGGCUCAAAAACGAGUGUCGUCUAUCUACUCAUUUAUAUCUAUGGUUGACAGCUUUGUCACACUAAGUGGAUAAUUAUUCUGUCUCCUGACGUAUUGAUAUACUUGCUAAUUUCCUCUUUUGAGCUGCUCACUUUCUAUUGUAAAGCGGUUCCAGUUAGACUUUUGUUAAAGACAAUGUAGUCAUCAUUUCUUGUUUCACUUCUUCAGAUUCGAGCUACCUUCACGUUGCCAGCUAUGAAUUCAAUAAAUCUGUGAAAUGACAGACACCCAAAAAUGUUAAUACAAAACACUUUUUACGUCGAAUAAUUAUAGUUUUACACACAGAAAACCAUGCAAAAUGCAUAUAAAUGACGAAUGAAAUAAAGAAAUUAACAUUAUGAUAAAACUUGAUGAGCAGAGAAGGAGGAUGGGAUAGCACCAUUUUGCUUUUCUUAGUUUACACUUACAGGAGCAGUGUGGUGCAUUCAGGGACAGUCUAGAAACACAGACUCAGAUGUUACUUAGACUAUUACAGUAUGCUACACCGGUCUUUAACGCUAUACUGUUGGAUAAGCUCAGAGCAAUCGGAUUUGAUAAAACCUCAUCGAGCUGGAUGCAAUCUUACUUGGAGGGGAGGAAACAGGUGGUAGAGGUGAACGGCACCGUGCCUCCCUCCUCUUCUCAGUAAGCUGUGGAGUCCCCCAAGGCAGUAUAUUAGGGCCUUUACUGUUCCUAAUAUACGUAAAUGACAUGUCAUCAGCAUGCGACUGUGAAUUGUUCUUGUUUGCGGAUGACUCGGCCCUGCUGGUAUUCGGCAAGGACAAGUCACAGGUGGAGAAAAUCCUCAGUGCUGAACUCUGUAGAACUUGCACCUGGCUCGCUGACAACAAGCUAUCCAUACACUUGGGUAAAACAGAAUCCAUCCUAUUUGGGUCCCACAUCAAUUUUAAGAAAGUCAAUGACUUCACUAUAAAAGUGGGUGACAUUGUUAUCACCAGGAAGGAUGAGGUCACCUACCUAGGUUCCAUUCUAGAGGCUAAUCUUUCCUGUGAUAAAAUGGCAACCAUGGUAAUCAGAAAGGUCAACCAACGAACAAGAUUUCUCUACAGAAUCUCCUCUCUGGUCAACAAAAGCACCAUGAAGAUUCUAGCGGGAACUUUCAUUCAACCCUUUUUCGAUUACGCAUGCAUCUCCUGGUACCCCAGCACCUCCAAAACCCUCAAAUCUAGACUCCAAACAUCCCAGAACAAGCUAUUCAGAUUACUUCUGGACCUCCACCCCAGAUCACACCUCACUCCAACCCACUUCUCCAAAGUGGGCUGGCUCAGGGUGGAGGACAGAGUAAAACAACUUGCACUGAGCCUAGUCUAUAAAAUCAGCUACACCUCCCUGAUACCGAAGUGCAUGUCAAACUACUUCCUUAACGUAAAUGACCGCCAUAACCACAACACCAGGGGGAGCUCCACUAACCACGUUAAACCCAGAUUCCGAUCUAACAAAAGUCUUAACUCAUUCUCCUUCUAUGCCACAUCAAUGUGGAAUGCACUACCAACAGGUGUAAAAGAAAGUCGUCCUCCUUCAAAACCGCACUAAAACAACAC